AACGAGCACUUUACGACAGGGUACAGUUUUCCACAUGGCCUCCAACCAGGCAGGAGCAAGAGUGUGUGUUUGAGGUUCGCUCGCUAAGCCUGAGUGUAGAAGCGGGGGAAAAACUUACUUUACAUUCGUAGUUAGCACUUUAAUAGAGACAGAAAUGGGUAAAAGUAAAACCACUAAAUUUAAACGGCCGCAGUUCAACGCAGUUGGUUUGCCGGUGAAUGCUGUAAAGGAGCUGGACGCUGAGGAAGAAGAGCACGGUGAUGAUACUUGUCCAGCUGCGGAGUUACUGGAGAAAUUGCAGAGUCCCAGUGCAGAUGUGCGAGAGUUUGCAUGUGCCAGCAUUUCUCGGGUGGUGCAGCAGAGUCAGACCAUCCCAGGCUUCCUCCAGAGGGAUGCUGUGAGGCGCCUCGGGCCCAUGUUGCUGGAUAGCAGCCUGGCUGUCAGGGAGACUGCCACAGGGGCACUCAGGAAUCUGAGUGCAUGUGGAGGUCAGGAGGUUUGCGAGGACAUGGUAAAGCACGACGUCAUGACUCCAUUGACAGCAUUGCUUAGAGAGAGCUGUGCUGGUUUUGAGAGCGAUGCUGUGCCUAUGAAAGACCAGAAGAAUGCAGUGGAGGAUGUUGCCAAUGAGGCGGUGAACCUAUUGUGGAAUCUAUGUGAGAGUAGCAGCCAGUCGCUGUCUGUGUUCAACAAAUCGGGUCUCCUGGAUAUGGUUGUCCAGUGUCUGGAGAGACACCCACACAACAUGGAACUGGCCAUUUCUGCUGCUCACUGUUUGCACACUGUGACUGAGGAUAACCCAGAGCUGCUAUGUAGCAUGAACACCGCUGUGCUUCGAGUCGUGGAGAACGUUCUGUUGACAUCUCAGCCAGGCAUGACACACACUCUCCUCAGGACAUUGGCCGCAGGCACCCUGUGGAACAUGAAGGGCAGUUUACCUGCUGCCCGUCAGGCCCAGACCCUCGACACUGUGGUGGCCACCUUGUCACAGUGCCUGGAUCUGGAUGCAGGUACACUGAUACCUGAACUCCGACAGGCAGAGGAGGGUCGUCACAAACAAACACCAGCAGCGGCAGACGUAGAAGACCAAGCUGCAGCAGAGCUCGUGGCAGAGAUGGUGGAGGAGGAGGAGGAGGAAGCACCUCAACGCAAGAGGAAUGGAAAAGCUGUGAUGGUUGAUAACGACUUCUCUGACCUUUUGCCUAGGGACAAGGAGGAGCUGAGGGAGGCAACGGCCUUGCUGACAGCCCAGCAAACGUCCUUAGAGAUCAUCGUCAACAUGUGCUGCUCAGACGACCCUUCUGACGACGAGUGGGAGGAGGAGUCGAGCAGUGAUGAAAGCGACCUGGGUCCAGAUGGCCUUUGUGAUGGAGUGUCCAAUCUUAUGUCUCCACUGUGUUUGUCAGCUGAGGUUCACGGGGCCUUAAUCAACCACAGCAUUCCCGAGAAGGUCCUCAAAAAGACCCAGUUCCCCAGAAAGGAAGCCAUGGAUGUGUGCCAUCAGAAUCCCUCCUGGAGAGGCCUGAUGAAAAAGAUACAGCGUGUGCAGUCCCGGGCGCUGACGUGCCUCCAUAGCAUCCUCUCCACCAUGGACGCCGAAUCUCUGGGAGGGGCGGCAGCCCUGCAGGGAGCAGCACAGCACCUGUCCACGCUGGUUUUUGGUGCAGCAGAGAUACCCAAAGACGAGGAGUUCCUAGAGGCCGUCAUCAGCGCCAUGCGGUCUCUUUUACAGAUAAUUGCCUCCAAAAAUAUCUCCCAGUGUAUGACCCCCCAGCAGCUGAUGAGCCUGAGCGAAGCAGCCACCCGCUGCGAUGUUGUCAGUGUAAGGGUCAACGCCGUCGCCAUUCUGGGCAUCACUGGCAGCACAUUGGCCAAAGAGAAGGGCACUGCUGAAACCCUUCAGAUGAUCGGGAACGCCUUACUUCAAGUUGCCACAAGGGAUGCUGACCUGGUUGUGAACGGAGAAGCCCUGGACGCCUUGUUUGAUGUUUUUGCAGAUGGAGACGAGGCAGACACAGCUGCCAAAAACAUCCAGUUACUACCUGCACUGAAGGCACUUCAACCCGUCUUUAAGGCCAAGAUUCGUAAAGAAGGAAAAGGGAAGUACAGCCCCCAGCAGCUGUGUGUGCUCGACAACAUCAAAGUCAACCUGAGAAGAUUUAAUGGUUAUCUGGAGAAGGUGGUGAAAAAAUAACGACUUCCCAUUGCAGUCGGGUGAAGCUGUAUGGUUUGGACAUGCUAGCAGGAGCAUAGAAUGACACAGAACAUGGUUGUGAAACAUUACAAUCAAGUAUUUAUUAUGUUGGUAAUAAACCAUUUGUUUUUGCUUGGUUUCAAUGUUAAUAUUCUCUAAAUAAUGAUGAACUAUUUUAGUUGGUUAUGUGAACAUUUAUUUGUUGUGAAGAAAGAUGGAGUGAAAUCUGAUAUUAGUUACUGCAAGUUGCAGUAAAGUUAGAUUUUUUCUUUUGGGAUAAAUAUCCCCCAAAAUGCUUGUCAGACUUGAAUUUGUCUUAUGCCAUGUAACAUUUUUCAGAAAUCAGGUGUGGUGACGCCAAGUUUUGACAUGUGUGCCCUUAAUUUUUUCCCAUGUUGCAAUGGGCCAAACAUUGACAUUUGCAGUACGGCUACACGGGGUGGGAGGCAGAAGGCAGAGCUAUUCUACAUUACAGGCCCUUUAUCUAUGAAGGAUUGUAGUAUCAGCUAAGUAAUGAAAAAGAGAAGAUUUUAGUAUUUCUAUUAUGGGUAUUGUGUUAUAGAAAUUUAUAAUUUUGUUAAGGAUGGCUUUUACAUUCUUAAAGAGAAAAAAAGACUACACCCUUUCAGUCACUAAGCUUAACGAGUUUGGUACUAUCACUGCCAAGGUUGUGAUAACUUAGAAAUCUAUUGAGACACACAUGUAGCCUUAAGUAAUACACACAUUUCUCUAAAAUUCUUCUGAGCUUUCUCCACCUCAUAUUUCAUAGCAUUACUGGCCCACUGCCAGUCACCAUUCUUAUGCAUGGGGUGGGACUUUUCAAGCGGCUUUUCUGUGAACAGAAACUUACCGCCAACGUUCUGCUAAAAAAAUUCUUCUCAGUAAACUUGGAAAGUAAUUUCCCACAGUGAAAUUAGAUUGGGUGCUGCUAACACCAAUGACUUGUAAUGGUCGAUCAGUAUCCACAAUUGCUGUUGUACACAACUGGACAGCUAACCCUGACCUGAACCUGUUUAUCAUGCUCUGGGUUGUUGACAAAGUAAACUCAUUGGCCCUAAUUAAUGGACUAAAUGGUCCAGAUUAAAUGAAUUCCAUUUACCUAAAUGUCAGAAUAAACUUUCUAAUAGAUCUUAUAUUGUAAGAGUCAGGCACCGCUUAUCUUGUUUCCCACAACCUUUUAAGGAAAUGUUAAUAGCAUUGUAUAUCACUGAUAAAAAAUAAAAUAAUUCAAAGAUAAAUUUGAGGGAGGUUAUGUCAUUGUGCUGCUAAUGAAUGCCUUUUUUUAUUUUUAUAAAUCUUGAUUUCUUAUA